AUGAGUCUGAGCUACUUCAACUCGAAAUACAAACCGGGUGAGAUUUACUCGGUCAGCAGCCUUCAGAUGGCUGCUCCGUGCGCACCCAGAGCAUAUCACGUUAUCUCGAGUACAUGCACCAUCAUUGAGAAGCGGCUCUCAACUUUCCCCACCUCGAUUCGCCUCAACGGCCCCGGUGCUAAUCACCAGCGCGGCGUCUUGCCGGAGAUCCUCAGUCCUAAGCCGCCUCACGGCACUCAUCCAAGACGGCUGGCAUUCAUUAUUUCGAUGGCCGACGGAGUUUUCGGCGAGACUAUGGAGCUGCUCUCCGGGGAGCAGUCUCAAUAUUCCGCGGACGAUCUCGGAACUGGCUAUAAUUCUGCCACUAUGCUUUGCCGGACACGCCGGCCGGCUUGUGGUUGGGAAGUCGACGUGGCGGGGGGUCUACGGAAUUUCAGCGUUAUUGUGAAUAUUGGAAAGAGUGAUACUGCUGUACCAUGCUUUCGCUGCGCUGAGGAUGAUGGGUUGAACCACCUGCCCAUUCGAUUCUGCCUGAGGCUGUCUACUGCAACUUCGCCCUCCCUUUCUCAAUCGCAGCGCGGGUUGGAUGCUGGCGUCACACUAGCAACGCUCAUCUCUGGCCGCUAG